AAAUGUUUCAAAACCUCGCCAGUUUCUUGAUUUCUUUGCUUUAAAAUGUGAGACAAAUCGUAGAAAGAAAGAUGAUUGAUCUCUAUUCCUACAAAGGAAACUAGGGCAAUGUUUUGUGACCUGUAAAGAAUGGCUUGUUGCCCGACUGAAGAGAAAUAUGGCUACGAAGAUAGCCGAUUUGAAAAAGAUGUCGACCAGCAUUUUCAUUGUUCUAUCUGUUACAAUGUUCUUAAAGAACCGAGGAUGUGUAGGAAUAAUGAACACGUCUUUUGUCUUGCCUGUAUCAGUGAACAUUUGAAAGUAAAUUCGCACACUUGUCCUGAAUGUAGCGAACAUUUGAGCGUAGACACGCUUCGUCGGCCGCGGGUGUUGAGUAAUUAUUUGUCGAAGCUGAAGAUUAACUGUGAUUAUGCCAGUCGGGGAUGUCCUGAGUUUACCUGUCUUGAAGAUCUCGAAAAUCAUGUUGCAAGUUGUGGUUUUGCUCCUGUGUUUUGUUCAAAUGAAAAUUGUGGCAUGAAGAUUAACAAGCAAGAGAGGGACCAUCAUGAGACUGUGGUUUGUGAAUAUAGGAAAAUGUACUGUCAAGACUGUGGGCAGAUACAGGAAGCUGUGGGAAAAUUGGAAGGAAGUUUGAUAGAACUGGAUGGAAAAGUGGAAGCAGCAAAUGAAACGAUGCAGAGCAAUCAUGUUGAAAUGAAAAAGGUUGUGGGAAAAUUGGAAGGAAAUUUGGUGGAACUGGAUGGAAAAGUGGAAGCAGCGAACGAAAAGAUGGAGAAAAAUUAUGCGGAUAUGAAAACGAUUGUGGGAAAAUUGGAAGGAAGUUUAGCGGGAAUGAAUAAGAGAAUCAACGAUAAAGUGGAAGCCGUGGGAGAAAUGAAUAGGAUGGUAAACGAAAAAGUGGAAGCAGUGAAGAAUAGCCAAGAUCAAAUUAAAGAAAAAGUCGAGAAAGAGGUCGGAGAAGUCAAGAGAGUAGUAAAAAAUGUGAAACAAAAUCUUUCCAAAGUGAACAAAGACGUGGAUGAGGUCAAAAUCAUGAUGAUUCAAAUGUUAGAGAAGUUAAAUACGAUCGAACUUCUCAACAAACUGCCAUCUCCAAGUGUGGAAAUCUUGAAAACACCAAGGGAAGACAUUUUGAUUGCAGGUGGUCGUGCAUCUUGGGGUACCAAACCUCUUAAAAGUACAGCAAUAUAUUCCUGGGAGAAAAAUGGUUGGUUUGAGGUGUCACCAAUGAAUGAAGAGCAUGCCGGAGCUUCGUCAUUUAUUUAUAAUGAUCAGUUAUUUGUCGUUGGGGGAGGGGAUAAUAAGACAAUUGAGACCUUGGAUCUCAAUGAAUUACCUUUAAAAUGCAUGAAAUUUCCUGGAGAACUUCCCUAUGGCUGUGGUGGUUAUCAAGCUGUUGUGUACCAACAGCGUGUUAUUCACAUUGGCGGAUUUAAUUAUGACAAAAGGAGAUGGUCUAACUUGAUUAGUGAAUUGCAACUUACCUCACCUUGCACUAUGAAAAAGUUAUGCCAAAUGCCUGAGCCUCGAGAAUAUCAUAGUGCUAAGAUAAUUGAAGAUAAAGUCCUGGUCUUUGGAGGGCAGAAAUCCUUAGGCCAUGAAAGUUCUUUGGACAGUGUGUUGGCGUUUGAUGUAAAGAAGAAUGAAUGUAAGGAGAUGCCACCAUUACCACAUCCUCUGACACAAAUGGCAACAGUUCGUUGGAGAGAUCAAGUAGUUGUGCUUGGAGGUCGCGAUAGGGAUGGUCAUGUUCUGAAUGAUGUUUUCAUGUAUGACUGCAAUACGGGCAAGACCAAAGCCUUACCAUCUAUGUUGGAGAAGAGAUAUAGAUAUUGUGCAGUUAUUACUGGAAAUACAAUUGUGGUCAUGGGAGGUAAGAAUGAGAAAGAGGAAUAUCUCAAUUCAGUGGAAUGUUUUGCAAUGGGUGGUUCUACAUGGGAAUAUCUUCCUGACAUGAACGAAGCCAGGUGCGAAGCAAUUUCUGAAGUUUUACCUUCCACAAGAAAAUAUGUGUAAGUUUGACAUUCACGUUAUACAUUAAGGGGUCGGUUGUACGAAGAUCGAUGAGUGUUAUCUACGGAGUACAGGAUAGUCACAUUUUCAACUGUUGUAAAAAUGCUUGUAAAGAUACAAAACUACGAAUAUGGACCUCACAAUUGAUAAAUAGAAACUUUAAUUUGUAAAUAAUAAAGUUUAAUCUGAGUUAUACAAUUGAGCGGACAAUUUUGGAAAGAUUGAAAAAUCACUAACCAGUGAACUAAAAUCUGCAACUUCACAUGCAAACAGUGAUUCCAAUGUGUGUUUAUACACACUAUUUAUGGAUAUUGUCUGGUGUGUCAGCGUGUAACUAUUGCGUAAUUUAUUUUAAUUAACAUGCCUGGAAAAUGAGCCAUUGUUGCAAGAUGCCGCCAUU